AUGGCUGGCACCACGCAUCGGCGCAAGGCACACGCCUGUAGUCUCGCCGCCGCCGCGUCGCCAUGGGCUCCAGAGAGCGACCGCGGUCGAGCCGCUCUCGUCGCUGCCAACCCGUCCGGCGCAGCACCUCGAGCACGUGCGUCACUUGUCGACGCGGCAUUUGGAAUGCGCAAGCGCUCUCGCAAGCCGACAAAGCCUAAGAUGUCUCCGAGCUGGCACAUAGGAAACCAGCUCUUCUACCUCAUCAUGGCUGCGGACGCCGUGUUCUCAUCCUGCCUCCGGUUGCGCCACACGGCGUCGAUCGUGAGGCUUGAGCUGGUGCCCUUCUCGCGGCUGAUCGACGUGCGCGCGCUCAACCGCGCGGUGCCCGCUGUCUCGUGGCACGGCUCCGCGUCGAUGCUGCAUGACCUGCUCAACCGCUCUGCCGUCAAGGAAGGGGAGGUGGAGAUCAGCUGGUCUUCGGUCCGACCGCCGUCGUGCAACCACAACAUGUCGCGAUGGAGCGCGACCGCCCGCGCUGUGUCGCUGCUGCGUUGCCGGCCGUCGCGCGUGCUGCGCGUCAGCUGCUGCCUCAUGUGGGGGUGGCGGAUGGGCGCCGACGCCGAGGCGGCGCUGUGGCCGGCGCUUCGGUUUCGGAGCGAGCUCUUGGCAGCCGCGCGGGCGAUGGCGGAGCAGCGGCUCGGUCCGGCCUGGAACGCCAUCCACGCGGCCGACGUCGCUGCGCGAUUGCGAGGCGCAGGCUUUGCGCCGAGCGUGCCGGUGUACGUCGCGACGGACGAGCGGAAUGCGCGUUGGUUUGAGCCGGUACGACAGGCGACAACAUCUGGCGGCGGAGCUGCGCAAGGCAUCACGCGGUGA